AUGUGGCUCAAACCUGAAGAAAUCCUGCUGAAAAACGCCUUUAAACUGUGGGUCACCGAGAAAGAUAAUGACUACUUCGUUCUGCAAAGGAGACGGGGGUACGGAGAGGGGGGCGGCGGACUGACAGGCCUGCUGGUGGGAACUCUGGAUACGGUGCUGGAUUCCACGUCCAAAGUGGCUCCAUACCGCAUCCUGCACCACACUCCGGACUCCCAGGUCUACUGGUCCAUAGCCUGCGGGGUCAGCAAGGAGGAGAUCGGGCAGCACUGGGACUGGCUGCAGCAGAACAUCAUGAGGACUCUCUCUGUUUUUGACUCCACUGAAGAUGUCACCAGCUUCGUCCAGGGGAAGAUCAGAGGCCUUAUCGCUGAAGAGGGGAAGUCCUCCCUAGUGCUGGAGGAUGAUCCAGAGAAGUUCAGAGAAGCUCUCCUGAGGUUUGAAAAGUGGUUCGAGCUGCCCCCCCAGGAGAAGCUGGUCACCUAUUAUUCCUGCAGCUACUGGAGAGGCAAAGUGCCAUGCCAGGGAUGGCUCUACCUCAGCACUAACUUCCUGUGCUUCUACUCCUACUUUCUGGGAUCUGAAGUGAAACUGAUCAUCUCCUGGGAUGAGAUCUGGCGGCUGGAGAAGACCUCUAAUGUGAUCCUGACUGAAAGCAUCCAUGUCCUGGCUCACGGGGACGACCACUACUUCUCCAUGCUGCUGCAUCUCAGUGAGACGUUUGUCAUCAUGGAGCAGCUCGCCAGCUACUCCAUCAAGCGCCUCUUCGAUAAGGAGGCGUUCCAGGGAGAGCUGUCUCUCUGUGACCCCCUACAGAUUACAAAGAGAGGCCUUGAAGCUCACGCUAAAAGCGAGCAGUUCCGCUCAUUCUUCAGGCUUCCCAAAGAGGAGAACCUGUUGGAAGUACACGAGAGCUUCCUGUGGGUCCCAUUCAGCCAUUUCAACACUCUGGGCAAAAUCUGCCUGUCAGAGAACUACAUUUGUUUCGCCAGUCAGGAUGGCAGCCAGUGCCACAUCAUCAUCCCAAUGCGGGAGGUCAUUAACGUCGAGAAGCCCGACGCCACCAGCCGGGCUCUGACAGUCUGCGUGCGCGGCAAGAGGGCGCUACGUUUCUCUGAGGUCAGGGACUUCCAGCGGCUCGCCAACACGAUCCGCAGCAGGUGUGGGAUCAGCGCCAGCCCGCAGCACUCAGCUUCAUCUGAGGCCAUACGGGGAGAGUGCCAGUCGCUCAUAAAUCACUUUGAGGACAAUCCGGAGGACGUGACCCUGAUGGUGGGACAGAAGGACAACAGCAAAGCCGUGAGCACCGAGGCCCUCAUGACUGUUUUUCAUCCUCAAGACGUCGAAAACCUCGAUCCUAAAAUGCUGAAAGAGAAGAUGAAGGAGCAGUCCUGGAACAUCCAUUUCUCUGAAUAUGGACGCGGAACAAGCAUGUUUUUCACCAGGAAAACGCGAGACCUGAUCGUCCGAGGCGUUCCUGAAUCCCUGAGGGGGGAGCUCUGGAUGCUGUUUUCAGGAGCUGUCAACGACAUGGCCACCCACCCAGGUUAUUACGGCGAGCUGGUGGAGCAGUCUCUGGGAACAAGCACUUUGGCUACGGACGAGAUAGAAAGAGACCUGCAUCGCUCGCUCCCGGAGCAUCCGGCGUUCCAGAGCGACACAGGGAUCUCUGCUCUGCGUAGAGUUCUCACUGCCUACGCCUACAGGAACCCAAAGAUCGGGUACUGCCAGGCCAUGAACAUCCUCACCUCCGUCCUGCUGCUGUACGCUAAAGAAGAGGAGGCCUUCUGGCUGCUGGUGGCCGUCUGCGAGAGGAUGCUUCCCGACUACUUCAACCGACGGAUCAUUGGUGCUCUGGUUGACCAGGCUGUGUUCGAGGACCUGAUCAGAGAGAACCUCCCGCAGCUGGUGGAACACAUGACGGAUCUGAGCUUCUUCUCGUCUGUGUCCCUGUCCUGGUUCCUCACUCUUUUCAUCAGCGUCCUGCCCAUUGAGAGUGCCGUCAACGUGGUGGACUGCUUCUUCUACGACGGCAUCAAGGCCAUCCUGCAGCUCGGCCUCGCCGUGCUGGACUACAACAUGGAGGCACUCAUCACCUGCAGUGAUGACGCCGAAGCCGUCACCAUCCUCAGCAGGUUCUUCGAUAGUGUGACAAACAGAGACAGCCCGCUGCCUCCAACAGUGCAGCAGGCAUCUUCAGGCAGCAAUGACAAAGCGCGUCACGUCAGUGUGGACAUCAGCGAGCUGAUCCGGGAAGCCUAUGAGAAAUAUGGACAUUUUCGAUCGGAGGAGGUGGAGAGUUCACGGAGGAGAAACAAGCUGCACGUGAUUCAGACUCUGGAAGACACGACCAAGCAGAACGUGAUCCGAGUCGUGUCCCAGGAGGUCCAGUUCAGCGGUCCCCAGCUUGACGAGCUUUAUAACCUGUUCAAAAGGCAGCAUUUCCUGAGCUGCUACUGGACCAUGGAGAGUCCUGCUCUGCUGCACCAUGACCCCAGCCUGGCCUACCUGGAGCAGUACCAGCUGGGGUUCCAGCAGUUCAGCGAGCUCUUCUCCCUCCUGGAGCCCUGGGCCUUCUGCCCGUCCAGGAGCACCCUCUCCCUCUGGGUCUUCCGCCUCAUCGACGAGAACCAGGACGGGCUUGUCAACUUUAAGGAGUUCUGCUCUGCUCUGGAUAUCUUAUAUGGCGGAUCUUUCACAAAUAAGCUGAAGUUUCUCUUCAAGCUCCACCUCCCACCAGCUUUCACAGGAAGUCCUUUAAAGGAGCAAAGAGUCCAGCAGCUCCUCCCAGAGGCUGAAGACUCGUCUCAUUUGAUCAGACUUGCUGCCUUUGACCUUCCUGAGGAUGGAGUAAUCAGGAAAAGUCCUGAAAGAGGCAGAGGGAAGGUUGACCUGCAGGCCUACCUGAAGCAGUGGCAGAAUGAGAUCCUAAAGAAGGAGGAAACCAUCAAGGACCUGCCAAGAAUUAAUCAGGCUCAGUUCAUCCAGUUCUCCAAGACCCUCUAUAAUAUCUUCCAUGGUGAUCCUGAGGAGGAGUCGUUGUACCGAGCCGUCGCCCACGUCACCAGCCUCCUCCUCAGGAUGGAGGAGGUCGGGCGGAGGCUACAAGAGCCGAGCAGCCUGCGUGCCGGCAGCACCGCCUCUGUGGAGGCGUCUUUAACCGAAGAGGAGACUUCAGACGCCUCCAGUUCUCCCAGCAGCCAGGAUGGGGCGGCGAGGCAGCCUGAAGCGGACUGGUCGUUUUCCUUCGAACAGGUCUUGGCCUCGCUGCUCAACGAGCCCGUCAUAGUGGGCUUCUUUGAACGGCCGGUCCACAUUCAGGGCAAACUGGGACAGGCCCGGGUGGCCCAGCUCAGGCUGAAGGCCAACAAGUGAAAAUCUGAGGGGAAAGUUUGUUUCUGACGUUUAAUCCACUUCCUCUGCCCAGAUCGGAUUCUGACGCUACGGUGGGUUUCCUGCCUUCAUUUCACUGACGAUCCGACGUAAACAAACACUAGGGUUGGAUCACUGACCCCCACCAGGAUGAGGGCUGCUCCUCAGGCCUCAUCAAGCAUUUUCACCUCAUCUAGCUCAGAUUUAAGACCUUAUAUCAUAUAAACACCUGAAAAGUCUAUAAAAUACUUAGACUAAUUUAGAUCCUAAUUCUGAAUAUUUUCAUGUGCGCUUUCAUUCAGAUUAGUAGUUACUGCUUCUAGUGAAGCCACCGUGUGUGAUCGUUUGUCCCGUGACCUUAUAGUUACGUUCAAAAUGCAAACAGCUUGAUGUGAAAAACACCAGCUUAGAUCAUAGUGACUUAGAGCAGCAGUAGAGCGGAUAGAGGAACUGCUGCACCGGCGCUCCUGGAAGCCAUAAACUGAUCCGCUUCUCUCACUCAAAUGAUGCAUUUUGAAAACAGAAAAAGGGAAAAUAUUUGCAAUAAAUAGGGAAAAAUAUAGGAAAACAGGGGCCCCUGGGCUGAAGGAUGGUGGGGCCCUUUGGUUUAAUUUGCAUAUGCAAUUUAUAUAUAGACAGCCUGGUAAACAACAACUUCAGAAACAUCUUUGUGUUGGUCUUAAAAAGGUUUUAAAUUAAUUUAAAAAAUCUUGUUUGCAGGGUUUCUGUUUGUGACAUCAUCAUUUCUAGAAAGUUGUGUGUUGCUGCUCUUAGAAAUCAGGAAGUGAAUCUGUUUAUGCAAAAUGAAUCAAAUGUCAGUUUGAGCAUAGAACAAUUUAUUGAUGUGUAUCUGAAUAAAAAUAGUAAUGACUUGAAUAUUUUAAUUAAAAAUUCAGUUUAAUUAAUUUCACUUUUAGUUCGAAAUCCAGAUUUUCUUUUUUUGCCAAACAUCAGGAUCCUAUAGAAAGUCUAGAUUAGUCAAGAAGAUUGUACAUAGAAUACAAACCCGAGAGUUUAGCAGCCUGUCAUUUGGCAGGAUGUGAAUGUGUGUUCGAUAACUCUGGUCUUUCUGAGUUAGAUGUGGCAAAAAAGAAAAUCUAGAAAUGAAAGCAAAAUAAGUCAAACUGACUUAUUAAUGUAAGGAAAUGUUUUCAGAACGAAUUAUAAAAUUUAUGAGCAGUUAUGACUCAGUUUCACAUAGAGAUUAAUUUUAUUAAAAUUCACUUUUAUUUUCUAAUCAUGCUUAAACAGAUUCACUCAUUCAGGAUUCACUCAAAUUAAAUUCUGUUUCUGAUGGGACCAGUUUUCUCUUUUAGAUGGUUGAAUUUGUGUCUCAAAUCAGAAAAUUCUUUCUAAAUAACUAAUUUUAUUUAUAAAGGGAACCUCCUGUACACCAUGCACACAUGCUGAUAUAAAGGGAUAAAAAACAAAAACAAAGUUUUCCUCCAGUAAAUGUAAUAUUAACUAAACAACAGAUUGUUCAUAUAGAAGUAUUGAGGAAAAAGUACAGCAAACCAGGGUGUAAUCGCAGCAGAGAGGUGUGCUAUGCGUAUGUGGCAGCAUUUUAAACUGUUUAUUUAUACUAGCUUAAUGCCUGUACAUACGCUACACUUCGCCUAAUUAAGGUUCAAACUCCUUCAAAAGCCUCAUCAUCCAUCAUGCUGGUGAAGAUUCUCAGUCAUCCAGGCCAUAGUCUUUUCAAAUAAGUUAAAAACAAUCCACUGGACUUUUGUUUCCAAGUUUGAAGACAUUUCGCUUCCCAUUCAGGAAGCUUUUUCAAUUCAAAAUGUCUGAAUUAGUGUUGAGUUCCUAGCUUUAUACAGUAGCCCAACGAAUCCUUGUUAUGGCUUAUAAAUUGAACCGGACGAACUGGUCCACCCCUUAUUGAUGCUUUCUAAGACAAAACAAGGCUUUAUUUGGGCUACUCUAUUAAGCUUGGUACUCAAUGCUAAUACAGACAUUUUGAAUAAAAAAAAAGCUUCCUGGAUGGGAAGCGAAACAUCUUCAAAUUUGAAAAAAAGUCCAGUGGUUUGUUUUUUAACUCAGGAGGAGGGCGAGGAUCCAAUUCUAGAAAAUAAUAUCGAAAAGCUAAAGCUCUAUGUUCCUGUUCACUCGGUCAGAAGCUCUUUAUAGUUUUAAAAAUUAAAAUAUGGGAUUUCUAAUCAGGUGGUCAAGACAAAGACUUGAUCAAACCAUGGUAGGUAUUAUUUCACCAUUUAACCAAUGAUUGAUUUCAUUUCCCAUGUGGUGAAAGUUCUCUUCUCAAAAAUCCCCUGCCAUGGAGCGUAGUUUGCAGGAUCUGCUUCAAAUUUGCUUUUUCAUGAAUAUGUGAAGCCGUGCCGCUAAUGUCACAGUCUGUAAACACGUCUUGUAUUUUACAUCUUUAUGAUAAAAAACUGCUGAUUCAUUCACAAACUCCAGUGCCGUAUCUACAGGGUCUGGAAAGUUUAGAGGAGGGAAAAGGUGCAAUAAUGGUAAAGCUAAUAAGGUUAAGCUAAGAGAAUUUGGAGCCCAAAGAACCACCAAACGUGGAUUUAUCAUGAACAUGAGGUGCAACAGCUGCAGUUACGGCUUAACUACCCCUGAAUGAGGAACUGCAUCGGACUGCCUCCAAACUAGGCUGCCAAAAGAGCUGCAGUAUAAAAACUGAAGCCCUAAACAUGACUUUAUAAGCUGUAAGCCAUAAUUUACCAUAAAUAACCACUUAAAAUAGGUAGAAAUACCUAUUUUAAUUUAUUGAAAUAAAAUCUAAAAAUAAAAAAACAGUUUUAUUGAUGUAUUUAAAUAAAGAAGAAAUAAAAAAAUGUGGGAAGAGACCUUUGUGGCGUUUAUCCCUGGCAGUAAUGUUGCAGCAGGGGGCGCUGUUGUGCUACAACAGAACAGCAGGAACAGAGGCCAAUGUUUCUGAAACAAUGAAAGACACAAAGCUCAGAUGAUCUCUGCUCAGAGACGUUCCUGGACCGGUUCUCUCUCUCCCCGCUGCAGAUUGCUGACAUUUCUCGCCCCUAAUGAGCUCCAGGACUGUUGAACCUUUUGAAGGACAUUUUGCUUCAUCAAAUCUCAGGGUGACAUUUCUGUAAACAUAUAAGGGAUAUUUUUCAAACGGAAACUUAAACAUUAGAUCCAGAGUUCUGUCAGUAGCACUCGGUGGUGUGCAGCAGUUACAGAUGUGCAGCAUAAAUCUCACCUGUUUUUUUUUCCUGUCCUGUUGCUUCGGUCAGGGAAAAUCUGUGGCUCCUGUAGCUGCAUCUUUUUGGGCCAAAUGAUCAGAUUUAUAAUGAAGAUUUAGAGUCUCUGCUUUUCUCCAGAGUUUACUUUUUUUUAUUUUAUUUUUUUUAUUUUUUAAGUGCUUGCUGUUUCUGAUCAUUAUGCCUUAUGCUGACUCAUGCUUUUGUUGUUCUUUAAUGACCAAACCUGAAGGACCGACUGCUUAUUAUCGUUAAAUUCAUUUUAUUUUGCAUUAAACUUUUAUCUUUGUUUAUAGGUGGAACUCCUUAGAAAAUGUUAAAAUAAACUGAAGAUUUUCUCGCUGCCCCAUUUUAAUGUUUGAUCAACGGAAACGUUAUAAAUCUUAAGCAGCAGAAGAAAUGGUUGAUCUAAAAAAAAAAAGGAAAAACUAUUUUUGCAUGUUUUUAUUUUAUUAGUGCCUGUUUGCCUGAAGCUAUGCUGAAGUUAAGACGUCAUCAAUUUAUUUAGAAACACAAACAGCAUCUUGAUCUGAAAGCAGAUGUGCAUGGAUUAUGAGAUGAUGCAUGCUUUGAUCUGUUGCUUUCUCUUCAUUUGAUUGUAUAACAUCUAGUUUUUAAAUGUCUAUACGUAAGAUUACAGAAUCUUUGACCAAUCUAAAGUAUUUGGAUCAAACAUUCAUUUAUGCAAAUAUUUUUGUUUCUUUUAAACAUCCUCAAAUGCUGCUUUUGUCUGUCAGAGGAGGGAAAAGUUGUUGCACGGCUCUGAAAACAUCCUGAUUGAAUCCUUGUUUUUGCUGUUUGUGAUGUUUCGAUGUUUGAUUUUGGAUCGUUUCAUUUGUCACUUAAAUGUUAAAGAAUAAAGAGCGGUGAUUUAAGAAA